AUGUCUCUAGGUUCGAGAAAGUUCCAAGAAUUUCGACGUCUUGGUAGAUUUUUAGGGUUCCGAUGUAUUUCUGGUCGGACAUUUAUCACAUCUAAGAAAAUAUUCAAUUCACGAAGCAUUCAAAUAGAUGAAAGUCAAACAUCAUUUCCAACUACGAAUAACCACAGUGUACCUAAGGUAAUCAAGAGAUACACUAAGAGAACGAAAAGGGAUACUGUUGAUAAGACAUCGAGGGAAAAUAUUUUAAUAUUGGAAAUUAAUCAGUUAUUGAAGAAGCAUGAUGGAUAUUUAACAUUUGAUUCCAUUAGAAAUAUGGAUACAUUGAUAGAAGCAUUCCUUUAUUCUUGGAACAGGCCGAAUGUUGAAUUAAGUGAUAUAGGUAUUAUAUUCCAGACAUCAGAGGGUGACGGUUUGGCUAUUGUCCCAAAAUCUGCAUAUACCCCUGAAAUCAUUGGUCAAAAUCAAAUUGAAGAUAAAUAUACAGUUGUUAAGGUACCGAAAACUAUAGUGGGAGAUAAGGUGGCAAUCAAAUUAUUAAGGCAUCAUGAGUUGUAUGCCGAAGCUGAAUUAAUUAAAGUAUUGAAUUCAGGAUCUACAGAUAGUAAUCGUAAAGAUGAGUUAGUGAUAUGUGAUAAAUUUUCAACUUGCUCAGGCUGUCAAUUUCAGAUGCUUCAUUACGAGGAACAACUUAAGUUCAAGAAAGCAGUUAUACAGAGGGCAUAUAAUUUUUUCUUUCCAAGAUUAUUCUCGAAGUAUAAUGAAGACUUUGGAAAUAUAAUAGAAUCACCAAUGCAGUACGCAUAUCGAACGAAGUUGACGCCUCAUUAUGAAUCAUCUGGAGGAAAGGGUCGCGGUCAUGAUAUCAAUAUUGGGUUUAAUCAUGUUAAUCCUACGAAACAGACGGUAGAUGUGGAGUAUUGUCCGAUUGCUUCACCAGCUGUGAAUAGAGCUUUACCUUCUGCAAGAGCCAACGUGAGAUCGAAAUUAAUGGAAGCCAUAGGGAAUCCGAAUACUAGUUCCAAAACAAGAGCCUCCCGGGGUGCAACAUUAUUGUUGAGAGAUAGUAUUCGGAUAAAUCAUCAGACUGGGGAAUAUGAACGUGUAUGUCUCAAUAGCCAUAAAAACAUUAUAACUGAAAAGAUAGACGAUUUUGUUUUCCAAUUUCCAGCAUCAGAAUUUUUUCAGAAUAAUAACAGCAUAUUGUCACACGUCUUAGAUUACAUUAGGUUUCAGAUUCACAAGAAACCAAAUUCAUUUAAAUAUAUCGUUGAUACCUACUGUGGCUCUGGUUUCUUUGGGAUAUCUUUGUCUAAAGAUAUCCCAGAAGAUGGCAAAGUUUUUGGAAUAGAAGUUUCAAGAUUAUCAAUAGAACAUGCGGUUCAUAACGCGAAAUUAAACGGACUAUCAGUUCCAGAGAGAAUACAAUUUAUUGAAGGAAAUGCAAAUGCUAUAUUUACCAAUAAGGAAUUCAUCAAUUCUGGAAUAAUUGGUCAAGAUUCAAUAGUUAUAAUCGACCCAUCUAGAAAAGGGUCAAAUAAAAAGUUUAUGGAGCAACUUUUAGAAUUCAAACCGAAAUUGAUUAUUUAUGUUAGUUGUAACGUUUUCACACAAGCUAGAGAUCUUGCAGAUUUCGACGAUCUUCAAUCGGAGCAUAAUUGCAGAUACAAAAUCCAAGACAUAGUUGGGUUUGACUUUUUUCCGCAAACUAAACAUGUCGAAAGUAUUGCAAUAUUAGAAUUGGAAGAAUAA